AUGAGGUUCUGGUGCGAGCGGUCGUACAAACUUGUCAACCGCGGUAAUGAGGCACGAGCUACUCAGCCCGUCCUUGGGUCGACACAGGGCAGUGUCCAUACCAAAUCAUCGACGCACACCUCAAGCUCCAAUUAUACUAAAUUACAGACGACUCCUCAAAGCAUCACGUUGUGGCAGCAGUUGGAUGAGCAAGUGAGGUACGCUAAGAUGGAGCGACGGAGACAGGAAAAGGUGACAUUGGGAGGCAGCCUUGGGACAUCCUUCUCUGGCAGGUGUGGUGCAGGCCUGGAGAAGGAUGAAGGACAAGCGAAGAGCCUCAUUAAAGGAUUGGUGAACAAAUCUUGUGGUCCAAUUCGACUACGGUCCUCCAACUGGAACACAAACAUUGGUUCAGGUUCAAGUGACGCCACUCACGCCGUCAGUCAGGCAACUACUGUCAUCCAAAAGUGAUGGAAGGAAGAAAGAGAGAGAGAAGACAAAGAAGGAAGAGGACAUAAGAGAAGAACGAAGACAAUAGGAGAAGAGGAAGAAAAAGAAGAAAUGAGAGAAAGAAGAUAGAGGAGAGAGAAAGAUAAAGAAGAAAUAAAGGAGAAUAGGAUGGAAAGAAAAGAAAUGAGAGUAAUAGAUUCUCUCUCUCUCUCUCUCUCUCUCUCUCUCUCUCUCUCUCUCUCUCUCUCUCUCUCUCUCUCUCUCUCUCUCUCUCUCUCUCUCUCUCUCUCUCAUGCCUAGUAGAAGAACCUGGUGAGUCCCCGUCAGAAACUUGAAAACAUUUUCUGUUCCAGCGAGAGCUCACGAAAGACUUCCAAGCACGUGCGAGUGACUGGAUGGUCUGGGAAGUACUCACCCUGGAAACACAGUGAGGGAUUAAUAAAAGGAAGGAUAUUGGCAA